GGGCUGGCUUUGCGGGGCCGCGGGGCUCUCCUUCCCGCCCCGCAGUGGGAUCAGCGUCCCCCGGAGCCGGCUCGGCUUCCCCUCGCACAAAAGCCCUCAGGAUAGCGUAGCUGUGUGUCUCCGGCCUCCCCCCGGCGCUGCGGCACUCGGGCUGGCCGGGCAUUGUUCGGCGCCGCGCUGCCCUCCAGCCCGGCUCGGCUCGGCCUGGCGCGGGCUGAGCGGCUCGCUCGGGCCGAGCAGCAGGUAGCGGGCUGGGCACGCCGUGCUGCCUGCUGAUCCCGGGGCUUCGCGUUCCUUUGGCUGCCGGACAUUGCAUUCCAAUUCCAGCAUUGGAACAACUGCACUGAACUGCAAUGCAAGCACAUGAGUUGUUUAGAUACCUACGAAUGCCAGAACUUGGGGAUGUCAGACAGUACGUGCGCACCCUUCCGACAAAUACGCUGAUGGGCUUCGGUGCUUUUGCAGCUCUCACAACCUACUGGUAUGCAACAAGACCAAAAGCACUAAAACCACCAUGCGACUUAGCAAUGCAGUCUGUGGAAGUAGAGGGUGGUGAGCAUGCUCGAAGGUCCUCUCUUCUCAAAAGUGAUGAACUGUUGAUGUACUACUAUGAUGAUGUGAGAACAGUUUAUGAUAUUUUCCAAAGGGGUUUACAAGUUUCAAAUAAUGGUCCAUGUCUAGGGUUUAGGAAACCAAAUCAGCCGUAUGAAUGGAUCUCCUAUAAAGAGGUUUCAGACAGAGCUGAAUGUGUGGGCUCUGCAUUACUCCACCGAGGCUUCAAACCAUCUCAUGUUCAGUAUAUAGGAAUCUUUUCACAAAACAGACCUGAGUGGGUCAUCAUUGAACAGGCAUGCUAUGCAUUCUCCAUGGUGGUGGUGCCACUCUAUGAUACACUGGGAGCUGAAGCUAUUACUUACAUUGUGAACAAAGCUGACUUGUCAUUGGUUUUCUGUGACAAACCUGACAAGGCCAAACUUCUGCUAACCAGUGUGGAAAAGGGUGAAACUCCAAUACUUAACACCAUUGUUAUCAUGGAUUCUUUUGGUGUGGAUCUUGUGGAACGUGGCAAAAAGUGCGGUGUGGAAGUUUUCAGCAUGAGAGAAAUAGAGGAUCUAGGAAGAGCACACAGGCAAAAACCUAUGCCUCCAAAGCCAGAAGAUCUAGCAGUCAUCUGUUUCACCAGUGGAACAACAGGAAACCCUAAAGGAGCUAUGAUCACUCAUCAAAACAUAGUCAGCAAUGCUUCAGCUUUUGUGAAAAGUACAGAGAAAUCAUUUAUGCCUUCCACUGAUGAUGUUCUGAUAUCAUUCCUGCCCCUGGCUCAUAUGUUUGAGAGAGUUGUUGAGUGUGUGGUUCUGUGCCAUGGAGCCCGGAUAGGAUUCUUUCAAGGGGAUAUCAGACUACUCAUGGAUGACCUAAAAACACUGCAGCCAACUGUAUUUCCUGUAGUACCAAGACUGUUGAACAGAAUGUUUGACAAGAUUUUUGGGCAGGCAGAUACUUCACUAAAGAGGUGGCUGCUGGAGUUUGCUUCCAAGAGGAAAGAAGCAGAACUCAGAAGUGGUAUAGUUAGAAAUAACAGUUUCUGGGAUAAAGUCAUCUUCCGUAAAAUACAGGCAAGUUUGGGAGGAAGAGUAAAGCUGAUGGUCACAGGAGCAGCACCUGUGUCUGCAAGUGUACUGACCUUCCUGAGAACAGCUCUUGGCUGUCAGUUCUAUGAAGGUUAUGGACAGACUGAAUGCACAGCUGGAUGUUCCCUGUCAUUGCCUGGUGACUGGACAGCAGGUCAUGUUGGAGCACCAAUGCCAUGCAAUAUCAUCAAACUUGUUGAUGUACAAGAAAUGAAUUACUUGGCUGCCAAAGGAGAGGGUGAAGUGUGUAUUAAAGGGGUGAAUGUAUUUCGUGGCUAUUUGAAAGAUCCAGAAAAAACAGCAGAGGCUCUGGACAAAGAUGGCUGGCUUCACACAGGAGAUAUUGGGAAAUGGCUACCAAAUGGUACAUUGAAGAUCAUUGACCGGAAAAAACACAUAUUUAAACUAGCCCAGGGAGAGUACAUAGCACCAGAGAAAAUAGAGAAUGUCUAUCUGAGAUGUGAAGCUGUUGCACAGGCGUUUGUCCAUGGAGAGAGCUUGCAGGCCUUCUUAGUAGGUGUUGUGGUACCUGAUCCUGAAACUCUGCACAACUGGGCCAAGAAAAAGGGAUUUGAAGGCUCCUAUCAAGAGCUAUGCAGAAACAAGGAUGUAAAAAAAUCCAUUCUGGAGGACAUGGUGAGAAUUGGGAAAGAGUCUGGUUUGAAGUCAUUUGAACAGGUGAAAGAUAUUGUCCUGCACACUGAAAUGUUUUCUAUUGAAAACGGGCUGUUGACACCAACACUGAAGGCGAAGAGACCAGAACUGCGAAAAUACUUCCAGUCACAGAUAGAUGAACUCUAUGCUAAUGCCAAAAUGUAACUGUGAAUGGAAUGGGGAAGUGGCACACGUCUGUCUACUGUUGGCCUUCAUAUCUGUAUUUUGACUACAGCAAAAAUAGGGAAGGAAACUGUGCAAUCAUUAACUUGUACAAAAAUGGGUACUUGCCAUAGGAACAUUGAAGAAAUGGAACACUGCCUUACUGUCAAGUUGUGUUGCAUACUGUUUUUAUGGUGACCUACAAUUUCCAAAAAGAGCCUUAACUAUAAAUGAUAACUAUAUGUAAGUUAUUUAAUAUUUCCUUGGUCAAAAAUGGGACUCACCCUCACCAAGGAGCUAAGGUUUUAUUGCCAGCAUGUUUGCUGUCUGCAGUGUGUUUUGCAGUUGUCAAUUCCACAAAGGAUUUGGCAGCUUUGAAAAUGCCUCUAAGUAUCUUGCAUCCUCAGAAAAAUUACUUAAGCUGUUCAAAAAAGCCCCACCACCCAACCACCAAAAACCCCAAACCCUUACCGUUUGCAUAGCUGGUAUCACAUAUUUUCGUUAGUCCCAAUAUUAAUUGGGGCAAGGCAUCUGAGCUGUAUCUCCCUUCUACAUCUGCAGCCAGUUAUGGGAUGUACUUCUAUAAGGUAGAAGUCAGCACUCCACACAAAGAAGACUGAAUAGAAGUUCCUCAAGGUCUGCAAAUGGUGGUUCUGCCCUGUGUGGAUGCAGUUUGUUCAGCAAGUGUAGCCUCUGCUACAUUAGUGUGAUACUGGAGUGGUGCCAGCCCUGCAAAUGAGCAGAUCCCAACUCUGGCGAGAACACUAGAGACCUAAAAACCAAAUCAGGAGGCUGGGCUAUGCUAACAGUCAGGGUAAACAUUUCACCUGUACCAGACACUCAUUUCCCUGUCAUGAACUUGUAUUUAAAAUGCAUUUUAUAAAAAUGUGCCAGGCCCUCUGUAAGUGGAAGAACUUCUGACAUAACCUCUGUUUUCUGUGCUUUAUGUAUGAGCCACUGAGUACUCUUCACUGAAUAGCAAAAUAGGUCAGGUAGAAUGUUUUUGCCUGAUGCUUUGCAGCAAUUGGAAUUAUUUAUACAUGCCAACAGAACUGUGCAUUGGCCCAGGAUAGGUAUUUGUUCAGGGAUAAAAACCUAAUUCCCAGAUAAAUUGCAAAAUAAUAACUAGUUAUCUUUUGUUUGAAAAAUCAGCAGAAAUAAGCCUUAUUACAGCUAUCUUUAACAGAGUUGGUUUUGCAUUAACAUUCAUCGCUGUUUUUUGAAAACAUGGAUAUAUGUAAAAUACAAGCACAACAAGGUUUGCACUAAGAUUUGUGUGUGAUUGUAAUGCACUACUCUGUAGCAUAAUUUCAUGUGUAUGCAAUUCAGGUACACAAAUCCAAGUCAACUGUUAGAGCAGUAGUUUAUUACAUUGAAAUUCAAAUGUUUGCUUAGUGUUGGCUAUUUCUAUGUUUUAUAAAACCAAAACAAUUUUCAAAACCAAUGAAGGAAACCAAAAUAAAUAUUUCUGCAUUUCAA